AUGGGCAUAUACCAAAACUGGUUAGCCCAACAUGGCAAGGUCCAAAACGCCUUGCCCGACCCGAAAAGGUUUGAGAUCUUCAAGGAUAAUUUGAGGUUCAUUGAUGAACAUAACUCUGUGAACCGCCCAUACAAAGUUGGGCUUAACAAAUUUGCUGAUAUGACUAAUGAGGAGUAUCGGGAGAAGUUCUUGGGUACCCAACCCAGCCCAUACACAAACCUGCUUAACAAGAAGAUUAACAAACGUUACUUGCCACUUCCAGGUGACCGGUUACCUAAGGCUGUGGAUUGGCGUAAGGUUGGUGCUGUUAACCACGUCAAAGAUCAAGGCCAAUGUGAUAUCCCAUUUGCUUGGGCACGGAAAUUGAGACACUCAAUCUCAUCGUUGAUUUCAUCUGAGGAGUUACAUAAGGAGUUAGAGAAAAUAAACUUAGAGAUAAUCCACGAAGGGGAAUUGGAAGCCAAGUUGAGUGCAUUGUCCAUUCAACCCACACUUUUCGGAGAAAUCAUGACUAAGCAAUUAGAAUAUCCCAAGAUCAUGAAAAUUUCGGGAACAGGCCAGUGA